UUCUCUGACUCCAGCACCAUGGCCUGUCUCUGGCUCCUCUCCUGCUUCGCCCUUGUGGGGGCCGCCUUUGGCUGCGGGGUCCCCGCCAUCCACCCCGUGCUGAGUGGCCUGUCCAGGAUCGUCAAUGGAGAGGACGCUAUCCCCGGCUCCUGGCCCUGGCAGGUGUCCCUGCAGGACAAAACCGGCUUCCACUUCUGCGGGGGCUCCCUGAUCAGCGAGGACUGGGUGGUCACCGCCGCCCACUGCGGGGUCAAGACCUCCGACGUGGUCGUGGCUGGGGAGUUUGACCAGGGCUCCGACGAGGAGGACAUCCAGGUCCUGCAGAUCGCCAAGGUCUUCAAGAACCCCAAGUUCAGCAUGCUCACCGUGCGCAACGACAUCACCCUGCUGAAGCUGGCCACGCCCGCCCAGUUCUCCCAGACCGUGUCCGCCGUGUGCCUGCCCAGCGCCGACGACGACUUCCCCGCGGGCACGCUGUGCGCCACCACGGGCUGGGGCAAGACCAAGUACAACGCCCUCAAGACCCCCGACAAGCUGCAGCAGGCAGCCCUGCCCCUCGUGUCCAACGCUGACUGCAAGAAGUUCUGGGGUAGCAAGAUCACCGACGUGAUGGUCUGCGCUGGGGCCAGCGGCGUCUCCUCCUGCAUGGGUGACUCCGGCGGCCCCCUGGUCUGCCAGAAGGACGGAGCCUGGACCCUGGUGGGCAUCGUGUCCUGGGGCAGCGGCACCUGCUCCACCUCCACACCUGCCGUCUACGCCCGCGUCACUGAGCUCAUGCCCUGGGUGCAGGAGAUCCUGGCGGCCAACUGAGCCCGUGGCUCCUGCCACCCCCGCCCCAAGAUUCCCCAUUAAAAGCAUCUGUUCAGAA